AUGCCAUACACUGCGCCAUUGAAGUCGUUGCUCUCCGCACAACACAUCGAGUACAGUGAUCCCUCUCAGGACACUCGCCCCGAGAGGCCUGGCUUGGCCCGAUCUGCCUCCGCACGCGUGCAGAACUCCCGCAAUUACUCUUCUACCUCGUACGUUCGUCGGCACCGCAGAAGCCCAUCUAUCUGCAACAAAUCGGCCGUGCACUCCUUCUCGGAACCAGCUUCCCGUCUCUCUCCUGUUAUUGACCCCCAUGCCAGUCUCCGUCAAUCCCCGCCACCGUUGAACAAUGCUGCCAUUCCACCCGGGGCGAACUCGGACGAAGAAUCUUCACCUUGUGGAGAUAUCAAGCUCGAGGAGCUAGAGGCGGCAGUACGAUCGAUUGAACAGCGAAGGGAAAGCUCACCGGAAAGGGAACCGAAGAGAAUGGGACCUGCUGAUCAGCGGGGCACCGAGGCUCGAUCCUCGUCGAGCCAACCAUCAACGAGAACAGACAACAAACCAUUAAAACCGAAUCUCAUCCGAUUGUCCAAAGAGGCCCGCAAGAUCGCCCAUUCCCGAUCGUCCACCGAAACAGCAAUCGAUUAUAAGAGGGAGGAAGCCCUGACAAGUUCUCCUGAUGACAGCGAUGCAGACAUGUCACCAAAGCCACCUAUGGUUCGAAAGAAGUCUGGCGAACUGGUUCGUCCAGCACUUCGACCUGCAACAGCUCGACGACGUCCUUCCAGCAUGCCAGGUACCCCCGUAUUUGCAAAGGCCGUGCAUUUCGAUUCUCAACUAGAACACAUCCGUCACUUCUUGCAGCUCGACCGACCUUUGGCUGUGAGUGCAGAGACAUCGCCUGUUGACGAGCACGACGCCGAGGACGAGUUUCCUUUCGGUAACAGAUCGAGUAAGGGUGCUUCAUUAUGGGAAUGGGAGCUUCAACUUUCCAACUUCCCUAAAGAUCCGUCAUCGCGUUCCACCAACCCUGUCCGCCUCGAACGAUUGUUUUUGUCUACAGAUAAGACGACCUUGAUUGGAUCGGUCGCGGUGGCCAAUCUUGAUUUCCACAAGCAUGUUGCCGCGCGGUUUACCUUCGACUCUUGGAGAACGGUGUCGGAAGUGAGUGCCACAUAUUGCCACGAUGUUCAUCAAACCCAUGGGAAUGAUGGAUAUGACCGGUUCACGUUUGAUAUCAAGCUUGACGACCAAGUCAAGCUAGAGAGCAAGACGAUGUUUGUCUGUAUGCGAUACAAUGUCGCUGGUCAAGAGUACUGGGACAACAACAGUGGCAUGAACUACCGAGUGGACUUCCUCAAGACUCAGAAGCCGAUGGCGUCGGUCCCAUCUAAUACCAGAACAUCCAGUGGAGCACGCCCGGCCCUGCCCCGCAGUCGAUCUUUCACCGGCCUGCACACUCGUCCCCAAUCCAUGCCCUCAUCGUCGUUUGACGAGUCCAGUAAGAAGGUUCCUUUCUCGAACCCCUUCAACUCUGUCAAGUCACCCCCGUUGAGCCGGGCUUCAUCUAACGACAUCGACACCGUUCCACCCCCGAAACGACGCGAGAAGCCGAGCCAACAAGCUUUUGGCAACCGCUAUGACUUUGGGGCGUCAUUGACCGCCGCCAUGAAGACUAAGCCACCAGUCGAUCGGACCACGCUAACCGCGCGAGCCCGAUCGGUUCAAACUCCGGACGCCCCUCCGAGAAGCCCCGCUGCGAAGGAGCUGGAGACUGGCUCUAGCCAGAAGCCUGCUGUGAGCAAUAACGCUCAGAAGGAUGUCCCGGAACCAUCCUCACUGGUGUCUAGCAAACCCUGCCUCGAGUCCUCGGUGUACAAAGAGUUGGUGGAUAAGUACUGCUUUAGCUUCUCGGUCAACGUGAAUGGCGAGGCAGCUUCCAAGUAUUUUUCUACUGGAUCUCCCUCGCCUCCUCUUUCACCUCGCUCUCCCGCGCCACUAGAGCCAGCCGCAGUUGAGGCACCUCGCGAAUCUCGUUCCGUGUCCUCAUCGCCGGCUGUUAGUCCACGAUCUUCGCCGCGGGUAUCCCCCUCCUCCAAGUCCUUUCGCUUCCCCUACAACUCCCUGCAGAAUGGAUUCAUGAAGGACCCUCAAUCAUCGCCAGUCAUCCGAGGGUGA